UUGGUAACUUAUUUGCAACGUGUGUGGCUUCGCCAACAAUUUCGCCCUUUCACUCGUUAUUUUUGGAAAUGCUGCAGUUAUUAACUUGUAUUUUUUAUUCUUACCAAAUAAAAUGAACGAAACGAAUGUAUUUAUAAGAAAUUAACGAAAAAAACAGAUUCACGUAUUAAGCUUUGUUUUUGGAGUUUUUCGUUCAAGACAUUUCGACACAUAAAACAGAAUUUCUCUGAAAAAAUGGAUCUGACUCAAAUCUAAACAGAUAUAUUUGUUAAUGCCUAUUGAAAGCAUUUUUGUAUAACCGCGUAUAUUGGAGUGAAGUUUGCGUGAUUGAUACAAGAAAGAGAAAUUACUUUGGUUUAAUUGAAACUGAGAUAAAAUGUUGACUGCUGCUGCGAAUUCCUUAUCGAAUAACGGAGGCUCGUACAGCAAUGACAGACCAUCUAGCACAGCAGAUCCAGAAUUUGCAACUGAUCCUGCCUCGGGUGGAUUUUUUCACUCUGAUUAUAAAAAACAUGAAGACUUGAAACAAAUGUUGGAUAGCAAUAAGGAUGGACUUAAGUUAGAGGCUAUGAAACGUAUAAUUGGGAUGAUAGCAAAAGGAAGAGAUGCAUCAGAAUUAUUUCCAGCUGUAGUAAAAAAUGUUGUAUCAAAGAAUAUAGAAGUGAAGAAAUUAGUUUAUGUUUAUUUGGUGCGUUAUGCCGAAGAUCAACAAGAUCUUGCACUUUUAUCUAUUUCUACAUUUCAACGAGCAUUAAAAGAUCCUAAUCAAUUAAUAAGAGCCAGUGCUUUAAGAGUACUUUCAAGUAUACGAGUUUCUAUGAUAGUGCCUAUAGUAAUGCUUGCUAUCAAAGAUUCAGCCAGUGAUAUGUCACCAUAUGUUAGAAAAACUGCAGCACAUGCAAUUCCUAAACUUUAUUCACUAGAUUCUGAGCAAAAGGAAGAAUUAAUAGGCGUUUUAGAAAAAUUAUUAUCAGAUAAAACAACUCUUGUUGUGGGUUCUGCAGUAAUGGCAUUUGAAGAUGUUUGUCCUGAAAGAAUAGAUUUGAUACACAAAAAUUAUAGGAAGCUCUGUAAUUUAUUAGUAGAUGUGGAUGAAUGGGGACAAGUCGUCAUAGUCAACAUGCUUACAAGAUAUGCAAGAACACAAUUCGUUAAUCCUAAUGUAGAUAACAUAGAAGAUGAUGAAAAUCGUCCGUUUUAUGAUUCUGAUUCUGAUUCGUCUAAUACAAAAAAAUCAAAAUUGACAAUAGAUUCAGAUCAUCGAUUAUUAUUGCGAAAUACAAAACCUCUUUUACAAAGCAGAAAUGCUUCUGUUGUAAUGGCAGUAUCUCAGUUAUAUCAUCACACUGCACCACGAAGUGAAGUAAUGAUUGCUGCCAAAGCAUUAAUCAGAUUAUUAAGAGGACACAGGGAAGUUCAAAGCAUAGUUCUUCACUGCAUUGCUAGCAUAUCAAUUGCCAGAAAGGGAAUGUUUGAACCUUUUCUUAAGUCAUUCUUUGUAAGAACUUCAGAUCCUACUCAUAUAAAACUUUUGAAAUUAGAUAUUUUGACCAAUUUAGCAACUGAAACAAGUAUUGGAGUUAUAUUAAGGGAAUUCCAAACUUAUAUUUCUAGUAGUGAUAAAGAAUUUGUUGGAGCUAGUAUACAAGCAAUUGGGAGAUGUGCAAGUAAUAUAAAAGAAGUGACUGAUACAUGUUUGAAUGGAUUAGUUUCAUUAUUGAGUAAUCGAGAUGAGGCUGUUGUAGCAGAAAGUGUUGUUGUUAUAAAGAAGUUAUUACAAACUCAACCGAACGAACAUAAAAAUAUAAUUGCUCAUAUGGCAAAAUUAAUGGAUUUCAUAACUAUACCACAAGCCAGAGCAUCGAUCUUGUGGCUCUUAGGAGAAUAUUCAGAUAGAGUACCUAAAAUAGCACCAGAUGUGCUUAGAAAAAUGGCUAAAAAUUUUGUAAACGAACAAGAUAUUGUGAAGCUUCAAAUUUUAAAUUUAGCUGUAAAACUAUGUCUAAAUAAUCCCAUUCAAACCAAGCCAUUUUGUCAAUACGUUUUUCAGCUUGCAAAAUACGAUCAGAACUACGAUAUUAGAGAUCGUGCACGUUUUUUGAGACGUUUCAUUUUUGAUGAGGAUGGUCAUACGAAAAAACUUCCACAGCUUGCGAAAAGAAUAUUUUUAGCACCAAAACCUGCACCAACUCUAACAUCCAGGUUUAAAAAUUCUGAAUAUCAGUUAGGGACAUUGUCACAUUAUUUGGAUAUGCCAUGUGCUGGUUACCGUCCUUUGCCAUCUUUCCCUGAUGUAGCUCCCGAACCAUCAGUAAGGGAUGUUGCAAGCGGCACUACUAGAAAUGCAAGAGAUGAAUAUUACAGGAAAGAUAAGAAAGACAAAAAGGGAAAAGAAAAAGAGAAGCCUUUCUAUAGUGAUGAAGAAAGUGUUCAAGCAGAUGAAUUAAAUAAUGAAAAUGAAUCUUCAGAUACUUCAACAAGUGAUUCUUCAGAUGAUGAAAGUGACUCGUCUGAGUAUAUAUCAGAAUCUGAAAAAUCUGAAACCGAUGAAAAUGAAAAAAAGAAAUCUACUAAAGUAUCUGACGAGUCAAACAGUGAGUCUGAAAGUGAAGAAUCAGAUUCUGAAGAAUCAUCCGAAAAUUCUCAGGAAAGUGAAGAAGGAAAUUACAAGACUUCAAAUCAAGAAGCAGUAGAAAAACCAAAAAGCAACAUUGAUCUCCUUUUAGACUUAGAUGAUGUGAUUCCAAUGACGCCAGUUAUGCCAUUAAGCACAGGUGGUCUUUUUACUCCUAUCAAUUUGAAUAUUACAAAUGAUGUCAGAGAAGUUUCUGCUUCGUUUAUUCCCAUAAAGAAAUCUGAAUUAUUAAGUAGUAUUAUGGGUCAUGGUUUAAAAAUUGAAUACAGAUUUACUAGGUCGCAGCACUUAGUAAGUGCUUAUUUAGUUACUAUUGAAUUAACAUUUUCAAACGAAGGUAGCGAACCUGUUAAAGAAAUACAAGUUGGAGUAAAGAAUUUACCAAAAGGAAUGCUGAUACAUGAUUUCACACAAAUACCACUAUUAGAAAAAAAUUCAGAAUUAUCCACUACAUUGGGAAUCAAUUUUAACGAUUCCACACAACCAGCAAAUUUUAAUAUUGAUUUCAUAAUUGGAGAGGACACGCAUUCCUGUUCAGUUAUUAUCAAAGCUCCAAUUGGAGAAAUAAUAAGAGCCGUGCUAUUGUCAGAAAGUAUGUUUACAACUGAAAAAACCAAAUUAAAAGGUAUGAAUGAACAUGUUGCAAAAGUGCAAUAUUCUGGAAAUAAAAAAGUUAUUUCCCAAAAAGUUUUCGAGACUGCAAAUGUUGCAAUAGUAUCUAGCAAUGAUGAUGAACUCAGGUUUGCCGCCCAUACUUUAGCAUCAAAGUCUUUGGUAUUAGUGACAAUAAAAAUGAUAGGUAAUGAAUGUUUGGAAAUCUGUGUUAAUUGUGAAAAGAUGGUAAUAGGUUCUAUCUUGUUAAAUGAAUUAAAAAGUAAUUUAAAGAUGAACUAAAUAUUUUCUACUUAUAGUCAUAAAUUAAAUAUACACCGAAUCUAUUUACAAUACUUGUAUAAAAUAAAUAUAAGACUCUUACAAUGGUUAAGUGCAUAUAUGUUUAAUUCCGCAUGAAUAUACACUAAUUAAAUAUAAAAAUUUAAAUACAAUAUAUUUGUUAUGAGAUCAUUAAA